AUGUCGUCAAUUGGAGAGAUUAUUGCAGAGCUAAAGGAACUCACGGCCUAUGUGGGCACCAUGAGGCUGGUGACAUACUUUGACGUCGCUGGAGCAGCGAUGUUCUUGUACGACUACUUCUUGGCCAUUGGGAUGGAGGUAGACCUGGUGUGGUCGUCGAAGUGGAGAUUUACGAAGGUCUUGUACAUCCUUCAACGAUACCUCCCCUUCGUCGAUGCAGCUAUACUUUGCUUCCUCCAUCAAUUGUCAAGAACGAUCAGCCCGUCCACUUGUGACGUGGUCGAGAAGCUCCGGGGUUUGAUAUUAACCUUACACACGUGGGUGGUGUGGAGGCGUGAUGGGCAUUUGGGCACCGCUCUAUCUAUAUUGUUCGUCGCCACGGCUUCUUUUCCUGCGAGGUCUACAAUACUGUAUCCCGAAUUUCAAGGUUGUUUCAUUAUGGGAUCUAACCGCAUGGUGUACAUUAAUUGGGUGAUUUUGAUGAUAUAUGAAGCUGUGAUUCUAGUGCUGAUGGUUAUUCCUGGUGUUAAAACAUGUCCAUCCUUACUUCUGGAUAUGAUCAACUACCUCAUUAGACCUUAG